CGCUGGGCGCGCAGAGGAAUCCACUUCCUUGACCUGCCCGACAACUCAGUUUCCCCGAACGACCGACGUGAGACGCGACACAACGCGCGAUACCCUCCGUAAUCAUGGACACAUCCCUCGAUAAGACGACGCUCUCGACGAUAUCCCUCCUUGAAUCGCGUCUACUACGCAUCGAGCACCUCCUCUACGGCCCUACGGCCCCCUCACACUCCUCCCAAACAGAUCCAGCAGUCGAUACCCUAGAAGAUCUCGAGCGCCGCUUCAACCAUCUCCUCUCCCGCAUCCGCGUAUACGGCGAACUGAUGAAAAUUUACAACCUCCACCCAACCCUCUUCCAAACCCCACCGCCCUCGGAGCCGCCCAUCCACCUCGCCCCAGAAGCAAUCCAAGCAACCGUUCUCGCCUCCGCCGCCGCCUUCCCGGCAACAGCCUCGUCCCUGACCUCCGUAAACGACUGCCCCAUCCCCGAAUCAUCGCAGAGCGCAGCCCUCGCCUCCCUCAUGCCCAGACUGCGCGGCAUUGAAGCGACGCAGAUCGCCCAGGAAGCCGAGAUGGCCGAGCUGCGCGCCCGGAGCGAGGAUGUCCUCCAGGCAUGGUACCAGCAAGGCGUCUUAGGCGUCUCCGAUUUCGUCGCAGACGUCGAGGGCCGGGUGGAGAUGGUUGAGCGCCGGGUCCGGAGAGCCGAACGGGAGAAGGAGGCCGCGGCCGCCCUUUGAUACCCCACCCCGGAGGUGUGACACCAUAUCAAUUUCCAACAAUGGCCUAAAAGGUAAUCAGCAUGCCCAGACGUGUGCCGGUGGACGUUCACUCGCACAGGGUCCCGCAUAUA